GAGACAUCGAGCCCCUUUCCCGCAACCUAGAUCAUCCUAGUCUGUUCCUGUUCUUCUCGAGGCGCCUUGGUUCUGGCCGUGCCUGGACCUCGACAGCCGCUAGGUAUCAUUCCAAGCCGUCGCACCACCGUCAGCGUCGCCGGAUCAACCAGCCCUCAGCAGCCUUCAGCAGCCUCAGCAGCUCUUUCGCCGCGAGCCCUCUAUGAAUGCUUCAAGGCCAUCGACGCCGCCGAGUUUGAUUAGUCCGCACUUACUCUCUGAAGCGCAUCCCCAACACCUCCCACCCGCCGAUGGUGGUGCGGGAGCUGCGCUCUCACAAUGGCCGCCUUCGUGCGAGUGUCGGGGCCUCCAAAUGGCAACUUUCUAAUUGGGUACCCUGGGAUUUCUGCUACUAUGCCUCGUAUUGAAGGCAAAGUCGAGAUUAGGCCCAGUGUCGGCAUCACGGCUCCCGUCAACGUAUCCCUCGUCACGGUAUCUCUCGUCCGGCGAGAAACGAUCCACCCGUCAGCGGAUUCCGUCGCGAAGAGACGUCUAGCGCCGCCGAGGAAAGAGAUCUCCGAUACCGUUGGGAAGGAAAUGCUCCUCUUCCGUUGUCCGGCUGGUCGGGAAUCUGAGGAGGUCUUAUCAAUGGAUCUGCCAUUCGUCCUGUUCAUUCCCUUUGGACGAGGCGGUCCGGACGCAUCCAGGCGAGUCCCUCCGGCUAGCUUGCAGCUUCCCAGUCGCACCGCGGAGACGUUCUACGAGAUCGUGGUGAUGGUACAGCAAGGCCAUUCGGAGCAAAGGAAGUACUCGUUUCCGGUACCGAUCGCACGGUAUGACACGCUAUCGACAUUUGGAAUGUACAAUCGCCCCGAAUCGGCGGAGAGUGUAUCAGAUCAUCUGGUGACGUUGGGUAUUUCUCUACCGCGAUGGUCAUACGGGCCCCUCGAUCCUGUCAGCGUCUAUGUUAAACUGUCCCCGAAUCCCGACUGGAUCAGCAAAGCUAGAAAAGUUACGAUCAACAAAAUCACAAUCGGCAUUGAUGAGGAGAUAAUCUACAAUCAUGAGGGCGACGAGCCUCAACGGAAGGUAAAAACAUUAACGAAACGGACGGAACCAAUUGGUGUGAAAAUGCCUCCGACAGGGUUCUUGACGAACAUGGGCCUGGUGUUCCCAGCAAAGGAUAUGCGGGAUGGAGAGGGCAUACUCCCUAGAGGCAAACCUGGAUUUCCCACAUACGCUGUUAGUGGGUUUACCACAACAGCAAGUCUCUACAAAAUCGAAUACUAUUUAACGGUCAAGGCUCAUUUAACAUCCGCUCGAGAUAUCAUUAUACGACAGCCAAUCGUCGUGUGCCCUCUUGACCACGCUGGAUGUAAAGAGGAAAUGGAAGCAAUCGAACAAGCAGCACGAGAAGCUGCCCACAUUAACCCCGACAACCCUCUUUUACCUUUACCUUCAAUAGUCCGACCGUCGGACCCCAACGGUCUCCGCCAUCUAGGAGUCGCGAUUGUCGGUAACCAGAAGAAGCCUCUGAUAGAUUAG